UCCCCUCCAUCCUUUCCCCAUCCAUACUCAGAGAGAUGUCCACUUACACCCCACAACCAUGGACCCGUCUUAUCCGGUUCACAGCAACAGAGUCCCGCGGUCUAAAGAUCCACAUCGGCCAGCCCUGCAACCCUGCACAAGACGUCGGCCUCGCUCUCCUCCACCAUGAACCAGUAAAGGCAUUCGAGAUCUCUGGCACGUCAGCUCUAGACGCGCAUGCGUAUGUGACACAGAGGGUCUUGACUGUGGAGACGCUUUUGGCACCGGUGGAUGCGGGCCAGGUUGGCGUGGCUAGGUUCUUGGGGCUCAAUUACACUGAUAGCGCUCUCGUCCUUGUCAUCUCCCGUCAGGCACGUGAUGUCCCCCCUUCCCGAGCGCUGGACUACGUUCUAGGCUAUACUGGCGGGAAUGAUGUGAGCUUUAGGAUGCAUCAGGCGGCGGUACCCCAGUUUGGGUUCUCGAAAGGGUUUGAUGGGAGUGCGCCUUGGGGUCCGGUUUUGGUUCGGGCUGGGGCUAUCGGGGACCCGCAGAAUUUGGGCUUGAGGACGACUCUGAAUGGAGAGGUGAUGCAGGAUGGGAACACCCGGAACAUGAUCUUCUCUGUAGCGGAAUCGAUCUCCUUCCUCUCCCAAGGUACUACUCUCCAGCCAGGCUCGCUCCUCUGGACAGGCACGCCCGCCGGGUGCGGGUUCGCAAGGAACCCGCAGGUAGUGUUGAAGCAUGGGGAUGAGGUGAGGGUGUGGGUUGGUGGGGGGGUGGGGACGCUUGUUAACUCUGUGGAGGAGGAGGGGAGGGAGAGGGAAGGGGAGAGGGAGAGGGCGAGGCUGUAG